CCUGGCCGCGGGGGCGGCGCGCUCGGUCCACGCGUCCGGGGCCCCGCGGGGCCGGGCCCGGAGUCGGUAUGAAUCGCUGCUGGGCGCUCUUCCUGUCUCUCUGCUGCUACCUGCGUCUGGUCAGCGCCGAGGGGGACCCCAUUCCUGAGGAGCUCUACGAGAUGCUGAGUGACCACUCAAUCCGCUCCUUCGAUGACCUCCAGCGCCUGCUGCACGGAGACUCCGUAGAUGAAGACGGGGCUGACUUGGACCUGAAUUUGACCCGGUCCCAUUCUGGAGGCGAGCUCGAGACCUUAUCCCGCGGGAGAAGGAGCCUGGGUAAGAGUGAGGGUUCCCCGACGGUCGCCGAGCCCGCCGUGAUCGCUGAGUGCAAGACGCGCACCGAGGUCUUUGAGAUCUCCAGGCGCCUCAUUGACCGCACCAACGCCAACUUCCUGGUGUGGCCACCCUGCGUGGAGGUGCAGCGCUGCUCUGGCUGCUGCAACAACCGCAACGUGCAGUGCCGCCCCACGCAGGUGCAGCUGCGGCCCGUCCAGGUGAGAAAGAUCGAGAUUGUGCGGAAGAAGCCAACCUUUAAGAAGGCCACGGUGACCUUGGAGGACCACCUGGCUUGCAAGUGUGAGACGGUGGUGGCGCGACCUGUGACUCGAAACCCGGGGAGUUCGCAGGAGCAGCGAGCCAAGACACCCCAAACUCGGGUGACCAUUCGGACGGUGCGAGUCCGCCGGCCCCCGAAAGGGAAGCACCGGAAGUUCAAGCACACGCAUGACAAGAAGGCCCUGAAAGAGACCCUCGGAGCCUAGGGCAUCGCAGGAGAGUGCGGGCAGGGUUAUUUAAUAUGGUAUUUGCUGUAUCGCCCCCAUGGGGUCCUUGGAGUGAUAAUAUUGUUCCCCUCGUCCGUCUGUCUCGAUGCCUGAUUCGGACGGCCAAUGGUGCUCCCCCCGCCCUCCACGCGUCCGUCCACCCUUCCACCAGUGGGUCUUCCCUCAGUGGCCUCCAGCGUCUUGCCCAGAAGCUCAAGAAGGAAACGAAGGACCUGGACUGCAUCGCUCUCUUCCUCUACAGACCUGGUGAAAAUGGGCUGAGAGUGCAAGAGAGACGGAUGGGGUCGCUGUUGGGGGAUGGGGCUUCCCUCCGCGGCACCGUGGACCGGCCUGGAACCCUGCUCGUGGGCCUGAGGACCUCUCAGCAUGGCCUGCCUGGUCCCUGGACCCCCAGCCAGCUCUGAAGGAAGCACCCCCAGGCAGGCCAGGGUACUCGUACUCCUGCAGCUGAGUGAGACUCCCGGGGGGAGCAGAGACUGGAGAAAACCCUCUCCCCAAGUGCCAAGCCCGGUCAUCUCUCCUUGGUCACCUCUGCUUACAGUGGUUCCUUUUCAUUUUAUACGUUUGAAUUCUUUGAAGAUGUGGACUCUCCCGGGCGGGUGUGGCCGGAGUGCCAGGCAGCCAAGUGCCCUCUCAGACAGGUUAGAGAUGAAGUUUGCCUGAGAGGUGGAUGUAGAUGGCAACCUGGGCAUCCACUGCCUCCUCCCACCACCACCCCCCCUUCACUUUUUCCUCUGUGUCAUCUCUCUACCUCCGCCCCGUGUCUCCUCCUGCCCUGGCCCUUUCAUCUGCUCCACCAAGGGGCUCUUGGAUCCCUUCUUGAGGCCCCAGGUAACCGCAGUCACAGCUCUCUAGGACAGAAGCCCAGGGGCCAGGGCAGCAGGGGGCUUGCCCAUCGUAUCCCAGCCCAGCCAAGUCUGCCGUGUGAGGUUGUUCAGGACGUGCACUGCACAAGGGCACUGCCUGCGGGGAUCCCAGUUCACACACCCCGUAGACGUGGCCAAUCUGUAUAUUUAUGAUGACGAUUUUCUUUUUGGUAGAUGGAGAUAAAAUGUCUUGAGAAAAGACAUCCUUUUCCUAACUGACACAAAGCCUCCACAAAGUCAGAGGGACUGGCUGUGCCUCUGACCAAGCCCACGGCUUGGAGUGGUCAGAGAGGAGUGAGCCCUUAGUGAGAAGCGGGGAAGUGACACUUGUCCACGUGGGCUCCACUUCCCCAAGUCCUCAGCUCACACAGUCUCCCUUGCAGGCAGGUGUGAAAAACCCGAGAGGCAGCCUCUGCUCCGCCCCCCUGCACAUGCCCCUCAUCCUAGAUCCUUUUGCUUCCAUCUCUGGUGGCUCCUCCCAGGAAACCAGCGCUCGGGCUGGGAGUGGGGGAGAAAAGGGAGGAGAUGCCCAGGGCCCCCUAGGGGUAGGGCCUGAGCUCCCACCUGCUACUGCACUUUCCCCCCCCUUCUCCCCCAACUCUGCUUCCUUCAGUUUGUAAAGUUGGUGAUUAUAUUUUUGGGGGCUUUCCUUUUAUUUUUUAAAUGUAAAAUUUAUUUAUAUUCCGUA